AGAUAUGUACCUCUAAUACACAAGUACUGCGACAAAAUGCUUCCGAGUAAAGAGGCUUGUUGUCUCUAGAAUCAGCUCAAGCGACUGAAAAUGAAUCGAGUCUGGAGAGCAUCGUUCUUUGCAUGUCAAUGGCUUGCUUUUGUUCUACAGACUUUGAUGAUAUUAACCGGCGAAAUUGCUGCCGAGACCUCUAAAGAGAAGAGUAAUUGUACGUAUGCAGUGACCAUAGAAACAAGUUGUACCAAGGGUGCAGAAACUUCAGAUCAUGUCAGCCUACGAUUUGGAGAUGUCAAAUCCAAUGACAUUUUAGUGCGUCACUUGAAUUCCAAACACGUAAGAUGGGUUGAUCCAUUAGAGCCCCAAGUGCUUGAUGAUGUGCCCAGAAAGCCAUUCCAAGCUUGCAUGGUGGAUGAAUUUCAAGUUAGAGGGCCAUGCGUAGAAUCACCAAUUUGCUAUCUUUAUCUGAAAUUGAGCGGCAACGACGAUUGGAGGCCUGGUUUUGCCCAAGUACAGGUUUUAGAAGCAUCAUCUCAUCUGAGCUCCGAUUAUUUCUAUUUUCGUCGAUAUCUGCCGCGCGAUGCUUGGUACGGCUUGGACGUGUGUGACACCGAGGUCACUCCUUCUGGGAUCAAGUACAGGAGAAAGGUCUUUGCGAAUAAAGAAAAGUCUGCACAAAUAACAUAGGAUAGGAGGGAUCCAAAUCAUCACAUU